AUGGCAAACUGGAGCAGAAUAGAAAAUCAGCCUCUGCUGAAAACAAUUUUUAGAAGACCUCCGAUCAUAUCCUUCAAAAGAGGUAAAUCUCUGAAAGACAUGCUUGUAAGAGCAAAAAUGUAACUCGAAGGCAUUUGAUAAUGCGACGCAACCACAAAAACCACAUUGGGAGUCGUGCAGGUCUGUCUUUGACUUCCUUUUAUUGUUUAGUAAUUAAUAGCUUGGGACCAGGCUCCUUAAGAGUGUGUCCAUGAGAAAACCAGGCAGAACCAGGCAGGGGGUGAUAAUGCUCAAAUCACCGAUUUCGCUCAAACUUGGUACAAAUGUUAGGUAUCAGGAGUUAGCUUAUGUGAGAGAAUGUCAGGUCAAAAUAUUAAAUUCCCUGGGAGAUCCGGGCUCCCCCUGUAAAAAUCGCCAUUUUGCCCGUUUAUGCAUAAUUAAUUAGCUAACUUUACGAUGCCAGUGCAACAAACAGAAAAGCCACCUGGAACUUAAAUGCACUGAGAGAUAAUCUGACAUCAUAAGACUUUAAGCACAAUAAACUGUUUAAAGUCGCCGAUUCGAUUUCCCCCCUCUUAGCCCCCUUAAGUUGGGUCAUCAUUUCCAAGUUUUGAGUAAGACGUAAAAUUAGGGUAUUUUAUUCCCAAAUAUCUCUGAUGAGCAACCGCUUAUCUUUAUAACUUUUGCAUGAGUAGUUAAAGCCAUCACUUAAGUUGAGAAAAAGAUCAUAAAAAGUUUGGGCAAUUCACUUUCUUCCAUGUGUUGACAUAAACUGUUCAUGUGACUGAACGACUUUUGCAUAUUUCAUCAAAAUUCAGGCCCUCACAAUAUUCGUGUGUUUGCCUUUGAAUGAGGAGAAAUCGAACAAAAAAACUCAUCAGACAAUGAUUUAACAUUAAUAAGGGUAAAAUCAUAAAAAUUGUUGUGCAAGAAACGCUAACGAUGAUUUUUGAUAGCUAUAUACGCGAUCUUUUCAAGUAAAAACAACAUACAAAGAUUUAAUUCACAGUUCUACUUACUUUAACAAUUUCGCCCUAAAAACAAUAUAAACGAUCAAUAAAAUCCAUAUACGUAUCUCUUAGAUGUCUCAACUGCUAGUUUGUGCCCGCUUUGAUUUGUUCUUCAUGCCACCUUCGAUGUCCAGUUCAGCGUAGUUCAGCGUCGUGACUCGCUGUACGACUAAAAUUCCUUAGCCAUCAGUUUACGCACCAAAAUCCAAAUCAAGUUGUUUUAGGACAAAACAAUACGAAAGGUAGAAAGCCGAUUCUUAACCCAUUGAAAGAAUUAUUUCUGCCACUGUUGUAGCUCAAUUCACAUGUUGCAAACGUCCGACAUCUUUGACAUUAAAUGGAGCCCGCAUUUUUAAGCAGCGGUUGCCACCAUACGGAAACAUCGUAUCGGGAGUCAGGAACCAGGAGCCAGGAGCCAGAGUUCAGUGAACAAAAUGACUUUCCGACAUUCUCUGAGAUUAUUUUAUUGUUAUUGUAUGCUGAUAAAUAAUUUAGAAUUCCAUAUCUAUUGGCAACUUUAUUCAGACCAUGAUUAUAAAUGAUCCCAUGUCUUCUCAAACUCGGAGAUAGAAGUCGUUUUGUCUUCGUGUUUUGGAAAGAACUAUUUUUUCUAUUUUAGUUGCACGUGAAAUAGCAGCGAAGUGAAGCCGGAUGUUGGUGCAGACCAGUUCAAAGAGACAAAUAAAGCGUGAGACACGUCCAGAUUGGCUUGCGACAAGAAUUCCAUUUUUUUUUCAUACUGGAGUCCCUUCUCCCCGGGGGAGUGUCCAAAUUGCGUACAAAUGCCCUACCCUGCUGGCACCAGAUUUGACUGUCAUAAACAGUGAAUUUUUUUUUUUAUCUCACGGUCUUUUGGGGGUCUUAUAAAGCCUAACUGUGGCACUAAUGUUCCCAAGUAGAAUUCAAAAUACACCACACUUUCACAUUGAGUUAGAUAUUUUUCUCAAACAACCGCUUCCAUAUGUUUAACACCCUUCCCACAUUCCCUCCGAGAGAUACUUCAACUGUAAUACUUCGAUUUCAAAUUUCUCACCCUACCCAGGUAAGGUCAAUUUUCUCGUCCUAGACAUCGAUCUCGGAAGGGCCUUUUUGCGUACUCUUGGGCACCAAAACCAGUUUAGUGCCCAGCCGUGUGCCGUGCUGAGGCAGGCAGAUGUUGAAUUAUGGACAGACACAACAAUUAAGUUACAGACAUUUGAUGUUCCGGUCCGUGCGUGGUCGGAAGACACCCAGUAAAUAAUGCCCAUGGGGUUGCCCAAGGAAAAUUUGGGUUUUACGAGAGUCGAACUGCAGGAGGUCUUUAACGAGGAAAAGUGCGGACACAUCUACUUUUUGGAGUGAAUGUACUGCAUGCAAUUUUUAAGUUACAAUAUACUAUAGAUAAAUCUAAUUUGUUUCUAAAGUUCCUCUCAUACUCCGAGUAGCUUAGGACAUACAGGGAACGCAGAGAUCAGACCAUUGCAUCAUGGAAAAUUCUCAAUCAGACUGUCAUCGUAAAAAGUGGUCGCGGUCGUUUACUGGAUGUGGAUGUGUUCGUUUACAGGAGGUUCCAACUACAAGCGCUUUGACUUGAUAAUAUAUUUGGUGUGUUGAAUAAGUGAUCGCUUAUUGGGAAGUGGUCACUUAAGUUGGGUGGUCGCACGUAGGUUCGACUGUGCCUCGUUAAGCGAAAAUUUGUUAAAAUGUAAGAGAAAUCCUAAAAUUGUAAUACAGUGGAAGCUCUCGUACGAGGGCGCCCUCGGGACGAGAAAAAGGUGUCCUUAACUGGAUCUGGCCGCUUACAAGAAUGAAUCUCAUAUGCAGCAUAGUUAUGCAAGUGGAAUUCAGCCACUUUAAAAGUGGUGUAAAGGUUAGAUAGCCGCUUACGGAAGCUCCUCCCAGCUACAAAUUAACACUGGUAAUAGCAAAAAACUGUUUUUUAGUGUAUGGUUACGCUGAUGUUCUUGCCUUGUUGUAAUUUAGGUAAAAGCAUACAAUUCAGUUUGUAUUUUCAAGUGUAACCGGACGAGUAUGUGAAAAAACGGUAACUCUGAAACGGAUAUAUAAGAAUGAUUCAUAACAGUGACAAACAGCCAUAUGACUGUGGACAUGAUAUGAAAAAAAAAAAAACAACAUUCAGAGGCGGAUAAGAUUUCUUUCGAGUGUCUGCUUAGGAGAGCUUUAAAUCAAAGCUAACAUCUAAUUCGCCGGUAAACCCUUUAAGUGUCCGCGGCCGCCUACGGGAAUGUAAAAAUCCAGAGUUUGUGUGGGAGUUGAAACGGGAUUUUGUGAUGGCGGUCGUAAGUAGAGCUAUUCGCUAUAUACGAGAGUGUCCGUUAAGAGAACUUAAUCUACUGUAUGAAUCCGCAAAUGACAGCUUAAAUGAGAAGUGAAUAUAGUGUAUUAGUCUGUGUUCAAGAAACUGUUCUCUUACACCUUCCUUAUAGCCAAAGAAGUCUAGCCGACUUUUUUUGCAAUGUAUUAGUGCCCCCUUUUGGGUCUUUUGUAUUCCUCAGAAGUUUUUCCUCAACACGUUUAUAAACGGUUAUUAUUAUAUUUUUGUAGUCAAUAAUAUACCCAGAUACAGAUACCAACCUGUAUAGUUGUAAGACUACGAGGAUUAAAAUACAACUAAGUAAGUAAUUAUACCCAGUGGCAAGUCAUUAAUUGUCUAAAAAUUGCACGGCACGGUCUGACUACAAAAAGGGCUAUUAUGGACCAUUAUUAUCAUGGUAAUUAAUGUCAACAUCGAAUAAACUCAAAAUUUCAAGUAACACGACUUUCACAACCUAUUUUCAACACACCAGUUAUAACAGGAUAUUGGCGCGUACAACAAUAGAUAGCGUAUUCCGCAUUCCGGAGUCCGGUAGUCCGGCGUCACAGAUUCCAUCUUUUUGGCAGAGUCUAAAGUCAAAGAUGGAGGGUGUUCGAGCAGGUGGUUGUUUUCUGUAGAUAUAGACGGAUUGUCAGUGAUCCUUCUUGUCCUUUGAGAAUGAUUUUGUUCUUUCUGACUACAACUUAUUUCAAAGACUUCGAAUGUUCGGUGAAAAGCCGACACUUUUAAUUCUGCAAUGUUUCAAGAUGUUUCGAUUUCAUUACCUCGUCACGAAGUAACGCCACAAAGGACCAGACGAAACUGGAGCAGCAAAUCUGGACUAAAGCACCUGAGAGACGUGUAUGUAACAUUUAUUCACUAUCUUUUAUCCUUGUUGGGUCUUGUUUCACCUACAAGUUGGACCGAUCGAAGUUUUGAACUAACUCUUUUGCUCCUUGUGUUUACUCAAGCGCUCCAUAAAAUAUCCAUCCAAACGUCCAUAAAUAACACAGAAAACAUGCCUCAGGUGACACGUUCUAACAAUUCCGCUAUUAGUAUCGAUAAUGACGCAUCUGAUUUGUGACUUCUUGUCAACUUUGUGCUAUUUUUGUUUAAAAAAACGAAUGUUACGUUUCUUCCAAUUUUGGUCAAAUGACAAAUAAGCGUCAAGUCAGAUGUACAUAAUACGUCAUUAUUGAUAAAGUAUGAGAUUGCCCAAAUAUUUUAUGAUUGAUUUGAUAACCUUAAAGAUGUCUUUCAAAGAAUAUGUGAGAAUUAAGUACAUAGGUUGUUGCUCAUGGGAGAUGUUAGCCACUAAAAUACCUUAAAUUUAGGGUUUGGUCAAAACAGUGAGAAGAUGUCCUUACUUUAGGCUAAAUAAUAGGAAGAGAUCGAAUUAGAGAGUAAAAAUAAAUUACUGAGCAUUAAGUUUGAUAAACAUAGAAGAUGAUAAAGUUGAUUAGAUUUGAAGUUGUCUUUUCUUCUUGUUGAACAGCCAAACCAAAGUCAGCUAAUUAAUUAUGCAAAAAUGAGUAGAUUUUGUCGUUUUUAGGGGGGGUCCCUGUAAAUCCCAGGGAAUUCAAUAUUGCGACCUUAUUUUUUGUGGAGGUUAAUAUCUCACCGCACCCAUCAAUUGUGCCAAGUUUGAGCGAAAUCCGUGAUUUGAGCAUUAUCACCCCCUGCCUGGUUCUCUCAUGGACACACUCUUAAAUGGAAAAAGAGUGAAUAACGGAGCAAUCGCGAAAGAGGCAAACCGAGGGAGGGGAAGUAAGACAAGUGACGCCACACUACCCCAGUUGCCACUUGUUUUUCCCAAGUGCCAGUGGGAGAGUAAAAUGCUAUCUAAGAUUCAUCACCCCAGACAAAAUGUUUUUUUUUUUUUAAGUUUGACCACUAAGCUGCUCAAUUAUUCUAAUAAGAGCUGCCAGUCAAAACAUCAUUCCAGAAAUCCGAAGUGAGACGCUGGAAUAUAUAUAUAUUCAGUGGUUAUAGGCUCCUGAUAUAAUGUUUAUAGUUAAGGUAAAAAAAAACACUGCAAAAACCGUGUACGAACAAUCUUGCUCAACGUCGGAUCCGAUAUAUUUUGCUCCGAAUAUAUUUUGCUCAUGAAUCAAUUAGUGUAUCAUGAUUUAUAACUGAACUUGCUACCUACCAACCUUUUUAUUUCUCCUUCAUCGUCUGCUAGAAAUUUACUUGGGUUGUUCGCUUUUGCAAACUUUGAUGUAUUAUCAGUACUCUGCACUUCUUAAAUCUGCACGUGUGAAUUAUUAUUCAAACCUAAUUGAUCAGUGUCAGGGCGACUCACGUAAGCUAUAUAUAUUUCGUGUGGUUAAUUCUUUGUCCAGGGAACCACUUGAGACGGCUCUCCCAGAGCACGAUGAUCCCACUAAGCUAGCAAACGAAUUUGGAACCUUCUUCCUCAAAAAAAAAAGGAAAUCAUUUAGGAAAAUUUUGACAAGUGUCAAGUUCAAGAACCUCGACUUCUUCCUGUUACUCCUAAGGAGAAUCUAAAGAGUUUUCCUCGCCAUCCAUAGAACAAGUGUGUAAUAUUGUUCAAAAUCCUCCAUUGAUGAAUCUUGUCGGUUGGAUCAGGCUGUUCCUACAUGGCUAGUGAAGUCUGUCUUGAUGUAUUAGCGCCCUCUAUCACUGAAAUGGUUAAUCUCUCUCUUCUCAGUGGAAAUUGGACAACCGCUAUUGUCAUCCCUCUGUUAAAAAAAAAACCUGCAUGGACUUGAUUUGGUCUACAAAAAUUUCCGUUCAGUCAGUAAUCUUCCAUUCACUUCUAAGGUAGUGGAAAAGGCUGCACUUCAACAACUCCUCGUCCACUGUGAAAAAAAUGCUCCUCUUCCUAAAUUCCAGUCCGGCUCCCGUAAGUUUCACUCGACAGAGACUGCUCUAUUAAAGGUUCAAAACGACAUCUUGAUGAGUAUGGAUAAUAGUGACACUUCACGUACUCUUGGACCGCCUUAGUGCUGCUUUUGAUGGCAUUGAACAUUCCAUUCUUCUGAAUAUCUUGCACCAGGAUUUUGGAGUCGUCGGGUCUGCUUUAAAUUGGUUCGAUUCAUUUUUAUCUAGUCGCAAAGAACGUAUACUUGUUGGUGAUAAGACCUCUCACGACUUUAAUCUAAACUGUGCAGUCCCCCAGGGCAGUUGCAUGGGGCCUAUUUUAUUUACUCUCUACGUCUUCCUCCUUUUUAACAUUAUUUCUCAAUAUCUCCCUUCCAUCCAUGGUUAUGCUGACGACACUCAGAUUUACCCCUCUUUCCGAACUCCCUCUAUCCAUUCGGAUAUUAGAGCUGUCUCUGUGAUUGAGAAGUGCAUUGCUGACGUUCGCUCCUGCUUCAUUGCGAAUCGUUUAAUGAUCAAUGACGCAAAAACUGAAUUCUUAACCAUUGGCACCCGUCAAAAACUUGAAAAAACAUCUAUUGAAUCUAUUACCAUUGGUAACAGUCAUUAAAACUUUAGAAAGCGUCCGGAACCUUGGGUACUACUGGUUCAGUGCACAUAUGAAUGUUCAUAUAGGCAAGAUUUUUUAUUUGUAGCAGGGCUUUUCGCGGACUAUUCAGCAUAAGACAGAUCAGAACAUUCCUCACCGUGCAAUCGACAAAGACACUGAUCAAUGCCUUUGUAUCUUCGCACCUUGAUUACUGUAACGACUUCUUUUUGGUUUACCUAAACUAUCAACUUGAUCGUUUACAGAAAGUUUAGAAUACCGCGGCUAGAGUGAUUUUUCAGAUUACUAAAUUUGAUCAUAUCACACCCACACUUAUCGACCUAGAAUUUCAGUAACGUUCCGAGCUCAGUUCAAAUUGCUCAUUUUUGUUUACAAGUCCCUACACAAACAAAGUCCACCCUACAUUAAAGAUCUUUUGUCCAUGAAACCAGCUGCUAAUUAUGCACUUCGCUCGUCUGCACAAUCUCUCCUGUUCGUUACUAAAGUAAACUGCUCUACACUUGAGGAUCGGGCCUUUGCUCAUGUUGCACCUGUUUUAUAGAACUCGCUGCCAUUAACUAUUAGAACAAGUAGCAGCCUCGCCAUUUUAAAACAUUUCUUAUUAGGAAAGCUUAUGAUUUAUUGGAAUAGCUAUGAAUGUUUAGUGCUUUGAAUAUUUUAAUUUUCAUUUUGUAUAGAAUUUUAGAUUUUCAUUUUUUAGAUUUUAGCAUGGAAAGGAAAUUUAUUAUUAUUAUUAUUGUUGUUAUUAGCUUUUCAGGAUUUUUUUUAAUGUAAGGCGCUUCUGAAUACUUUAUAGUUCUAGGGCCAUACAAAUUCAUUAUCGUUAUUACUCACCCCUCCCCCACCCCCCCACAGCCUUCAAAACGACAUUACAGUCAGUUUCCUAUUUUGCGCAGACAAAAAAAGAUGUUGCUAGUGCUUAGCCAAAUUAAUGGCAUUACAAGAUAAACAUGUACCGGUAUUCUCGACUUGUCCUAAUCUCGACCGUUCUAAUCUGGACCAGCUUCAGGUGAAAAAAAGUUCAGUUAAGCGACACUAGUUCUUCCUUUAGAACGCAGUUCCCCAUGCAGAGCUCAGGACCAUGCUGUUGUACCGCUUCCAGAAGCUUCCAAUUUUCAAGCGUGUUCAAACUCAAGGAUACGCCAAGUCUACGGUGUUGUGUAUUAGGACCCAGACUCCCCCGGAGUAGGGCAUUGGAACGCCUGACUACGGGAUUAGGAACCACGAGUCGUGUAGGCGAAAUAAAGUCAUCGUUCAAGGUUGAAUCCGUUGUAAUCUUCCAUUAUUUGCCGACUAGAUCGGUCACAACAUACGGUACAGUUAAGUCUGUAUUGUCUUCGAGUUAUUGUGAAGGCCCAAUUAAACAACCGUUUUAUCUCUACAAGACUUAUUAAUCCUCUGCUCAGAUUACUCCCCUCAGAGGAAACAAAACCAAACCCAGAUGAUCAGAUAACACCCGUCGUUCAUUGAAAAGCAGGUCUAAAUGCUCAUCCAGGGAAAACAAUUUGAAAUUCAUACACCGUUGAUUGUAAACCAGUUCUAAUUUUUAUUCACGCUUGAUUUUUAUAAUUAGUUCAGGUUGGUCGGGAAUAUGGUCAGUUGUGUCUUUGUUGGGUGCUCUGAAUAUUAAACAGUUCUGGAUAUUGGUCAACAACAAAGGACAUCAGUAAAAAACCUGGAGUAAUGCAUAACGGAUAAGGCUGUACUUCCUUUUUCAUUUAUCAACCGCACCCAGUAACAGCUUUAUUUCUUCAACCAAAGCUCUUCCGUUUAAAGUGUUAACAGGUAAGAAUUCCUGAUGGUCCUGUCCGUAGAGGGCUAAUAAGAAUGCGCGUCUAGUAUAUUGUAGACCAGUUACUACGAAUAUUAGAGUUCUCACUAUUUAAAGACAACAGCUUGUAUAAUCAGCCAUGAGGCAUCACAAGUGAAAAAAUAAAACCAACUUUCACGACAUCUAUAAUAUCAAACUCUGCUACAGUAUUGUACAAAUAUUUGGGAAAAUGAUAAUUGUUGCCCUGGAUAAGCUAGGAUGCCAAAGACAGCCCUUAAUAUUAUGAAUUUAAACGACAAAAUAUAAAUUUAUCAUUAAUCUUUACUUUAAACGGUCUGUCCAUUUGGUUAUUUGUCGCCGCUAGCUAUUACUCUGACAACCUAUACUGAUCUGAAAUCUUGCGCAUCUGAGUAAUAUACUAGUAAGAGUUAAGGAAGAAUACUAGUAAGAGUUAAAACGAUUCGUGUUACGUUUAGUGUUGUUUGCUCUGCUUUUUAAAGAAGUGUGCCGAAUUCCCACUUGACUCCGAAACUUCAUGGGAAUUCAUAAUUCUGCUUAUUCAGAACUCCUGUCUAUAGAACGGCUUAAAUCCCAUGAUGUUUUUAAUAUUUUUGCUUUUGUUUUGCAUGCAAAAAAAGAGACUCUAUCUCAGAGCCACUUCCGUUUACGCAAGGGAAGAUCGAAAACGCGACGCUUUAAUAGAGAUGAAUUAGUGACUUAUAGAUAUUCAGUAGUAUUGGUGGAGGUACAGAGUGGCAUAGCUUUGCAAUUAUCCCAACAUUUUCACUAAUUUUUGUAACUGAAUAGAAUCAAUGUGGUAUUUCCAAGAGAGAUUCUGAUUAUUACGAACGCCCAGGUAUUUUAUGUAAACUAGUAAGACUCGAGACGAACAUAUUUAUUCUUUUCAUUAUCAAACAUGCAAAGUUUUGGUUGGUAAGCAAGUCGCUUUUGGUAAGGAUGAAAAAUUACAAAGGUGGAUUUAUUAAAGUUAAGAGUUAGUUUGUUGGCUGUCAACCAGUUAUAAAGGUUUUGUAGCUCAUUGUUUACUAUUGUCUCAAGAACUUUCAGAUUUUUGUCCACAUAGAGAAUGUUAGUGUCGUCUGCAGAGAGAUAAAACCUAAAUUUAUUCGAGCAUCUGUGGAUAUCAUUGACAUAUAACAAAAAAAGCAAUGAUCCAAGAACUGCUGCUUGACAAACACGACAUCCAACGACGGCAUUAUCUGAUUGUUCAUGGCCUAAUUGCGUUGAUGCGUGCGAUUUUUGAGAUGUGAGGAGAACCAAUCAUUAAUUAUUCCACGAAAGCCAUAGUGAUUGAGCUUAUCAAGCAAAAUGUCGUGAUCGACGGUUUCGAAGGCUUUUUUAAGAUUAAUGAAUACUCCAAAAGGAGUAGUAGUUGUCCUGUUUAUCAUUAAUACCUUCAUGAAUUUCUCUGAGGAGGAUACAAAAAGUCUCCUCAAGACGUUCAUGUGCGCAGGGCUAACGUCAUCUUCUUUCUCCACUUCAGGAAAAAUCCCGGCUGAGCUCAAGUCAUUAACAACUGGUUACUUGAUGAAAGUUGUUUCUAUGAUGAGCUAGGGAUGGCCAACACAGAGAAAGUUGCUGCUGUUCCACAAGGUACAGGUGUGAUUUAUUCUCCGAUCAGUUGUUUUAUUCCUCGAGUCGUUGCUCUUCAAAUUAAAGAGAAAUAAGCAGGAAACACAUCUAUACCUUUUGGAUGAUGGCAUUCCUCUUUAUCACAACGCAAUUAACCCAGUAAAUAUAAUGCAUUAUUUAUUGUUAAUAAUAUCCAAAUAUUUCUAUAUUUCUGUAUAUAUUCUAUUUUCUAGAUGAGGCCGCUGCGCCACCACCCUACACCGAACAACAAAUGGGUGGAAGUCCGUCAGGUUCCCAAACGCAGCCGGUUUACCCAGCUCAGUUACAUUUUCCUGCAAGCGAAGGGUACUUAGGACAAGCUACUGGGCAUUAUCCUGGACAACAGCCCAGUUAUACUGCGCCUACUCAUCCAUUUGCAGCUUCUCAGCCUACGUAUCCUCUUCAAACUCUUCAGCCUGCUCCGGUGCAUCAUACAUCCACUGUAAUAAUGCCUGUACGUUUUUAAAAGUUGCUUUCUAUUCACCUAAGCAGGCAAAGAAACCAAGUUAUAAUAUUGUAUAAACACUGAAUGCUCCAUUUCGAUUCCGUUCUAAAAACGGCUUGCAGGCGUUCUCAUUAACCAAAUAAGCGUUUGAAAAGCACCUCUUUAAACUCAUACACUCGGAAAUGCUUAUCUUGGAAAAAUAAAUUCACUGGUUUUUGAAAAAAAAAACUACCUAACAGGCUUUUUUAACUUGGCCAUCUCUGUUACACUAGUUUGUAAAAUAUUGAACGGUGUCAUUAAAAAGCGCAUAAAGCUCAACCAUUAACUGACAUAUUUUCUGCAAAAUAAACAUCUAUGCGGGAUGAACACUCUGAGAUAUGGGCACCGAAUUUUUAAGACUCUGCUUGAGUAACUAAGUUGUCUGAAAUUUACUCUUUAUUUGCCUCUCCUAUCAGGCCACGCAGACAGUCAUCUUACCAUCUGCUCCACCUCGUCCAUCAACGUGGCUUGGUUUGUCGAUAUUUACCUUCCUGUUCUGCGCUUGGCCUAUCGGAUUAGCCGCUAUGAUCUUCUCCUGCAUGGUAAGAAUUAAAAACCACUUUUACUAGACCUAUCUUCGAAAAUUAAUCUUUCUUUUGGCUGUUUUGGACCCUUCUGAUCAGUUCCCUUGGCUCGAGGCUGAUGGCUUGAUGGUGCGGAGUCGAGCCCAGAGAUUAAGAAAAUCUGCAAGCAGGCCGGGGUAGGAGUGCAAGUAUCUAACAGUUAGGAACACAUUUCUACGAUCAUGAUGGUUAUGUAUACUGUAGUAUUAGACCUCUGAUAAAAGCCUUACAACUUAUUUAAACUAGCUAGGAACCCUCUCUACAGGGUGCGAGACAACCGUUCAAACAUUAAGCCCAGACCGAUAUUAGUAACGCUAGCAGUCACGCCCAGUUGUAUGAACAAUUUGACUAUUAUUCAUUUUUCACCUCUAAUUUACUAAAUGGGUAUUUAACCUCUGAUCUUGCUUGUUUUAAAAAUACUUUUGACAGGUGGACAGUUCAUAUAAUGGCGGCGACUAUGAAGGAGCCAGAAGAAAUUCCAAGAUCGCUAUGUGGCUGAAUAUAAUUGCCCUCCUCAGUGGUGUUGGAGUCGUAACAUUUAUAGUUAUUCGUUUUGCUAUCUUAGUGAACUCAGCUGUUAACUAA